UGCAGAGUGCUUGCAUACGGCAUCCGACAUGCCCACCCGAGCGACAAGGUCCACGCAGGAAGCCCCGCCGCCGAGCCCGCUGGCCGCCGCCGCCGAGGCCCCCAUGAACAAACGCAAGCGCCCGUCCCACGACCCGCCCCGGCGGCCCUCGCCCGACCAGAAACGCCCGCGCGUGGUCUCCCAGCCAGAGCCAGCCGGCGCAGACGAGGAGCACGGCGAAGCUGGCCACUCGUCCCCCGCCCGGUCUCCCCCGCCUGCGGCUUCCGCGCCGAAUGUACUGAGCACCGAGGUCCGCGAGGCGUUGAUGGACAUCAUAUCACAAAUGGCCUUGGACUUGCCAGAACCCCUGGAAAAGGCCCUCACGCUGUGGCUGCCCCCCGACUUUGUCGAGGACGAGAAAAACACGCUGCAGUAUAUCCUGCGCCAGCCAUCGCUGACAUGGGAGGAGCUGGUGGAUGUUAUUCAUGUGUUUUCCGAAAAUCUCUUGUUCCCUGUCCGCUACCCCAAUCCAAUACCCCCCAGGGCCUCUUUCAAUAUUCCUCCGCCUCCCCUGCCCUCACACUAUCCCCCUCAUAAGAUUUACAAUUUCUGCGCUGCUCUUUACGGUCUAUUGUUGGACGUCCAACCUGCCAGAGACCAGAGUAGCCAUUUCCGGGCAGAGCGAUGGGCGCUAGUACAAAAGACAUCGCAGGGGGGCGGCGAAUGGUUCACAGGGUCGGUUGAUCACAACGAAACUGCCAAAACGGGCGUGUCUGGGGAAAAUGCCAACACAUUAGAAACGAUGACCACCCAGUCCAGAUUAGGCAAUGCGACCCCAAUAACCUUGAACUCUAUUCUGUGUGAGAAGAAUCGUGAUGUUCCCCUUUUAGGGGAAUCUGUCAUACGGCGCGCAAGCUUGAAAAUGAACAGAUGGAAGGAACUAAGAAGACGAAAAACUGGAGGAGGUUUUGGCAGUAUAGCUCGUGGAGUCACUAUACCGAGUGUUGGUUUUUCGAUAUUUACUCCGACAUUCGGUCCUGCAUAUGAUUCAUCAGGGACAACUGCUGGCCAGGGUUACUACUUCACCGUCGAGGCGAUGCAUGAACGUGCCAGGCAUCGGGAAUGGACGCAGAGGGCUCUUGCAAUGGAUCAGACGUUGGAAGAAGAAGUCUCAGGGGAGCGUAUAGAGGAGAACAUUCAACAGAGAGCGCCCACAGUGGAUGGGGCCCUGGUCGAGAAUGGUCGGUUGAUCGAAGAGUUACAAACAUGGCAACAGAUAAGAUUAAGGAAAGGGAUAAAAAAUGCGACUCAAAGAGAGCAGGUUUUGGCACAAGAGCUUUUAUCCUCUCUUUCUCAGCUUACUCAAGUCGUGUCCCCAGCCCAGUUAUUACCAGCCUUGCUUACGAGGCCCGGAUGGUCUCAUAUACUUGGCAGGCGUAUCUUGUCUACCCCUUCGCCUUCUAUCCGGGGCACUCUUGAUCCUCGACGUCCACAUGCGUUACACGAUAACACAACAAUUCAGCUUCGAUCGAGCCUUGCAAAGAAUGGUGCCAGUACCAUUUCCAACGGCUCGCUUCCUCAUAACACACCGUCAUUGGUGAAGACGAGUUCCAUGCCGCCUCCUCCAUCACCGCAAUUCAACGCUCCACCCCCCCAUAUUCUUCCCAUAUCGUCACCGCACAGUCUAAGUCCAGUAGUAACUUAUAAUGUUCCUGGUCGCACACACUCGCCCUACUUAAGUCCUGCGACCCCUCAACCUCAACAUCAUACCUAUUCUUCAUUUUCCCCAAUGCCUCCAGCUAUGCCGGCGGCUCCCCUCGUGCACAAUCGAGCAGUGCAGGCUAUACCUCCUACGGGAACUUAUCUGAGAUCCGGGCCCGGGCCGUCAAGUUUACGCCAGAGUCUUCACCAAAUGCCCAUGGGGCCACAAGGCUCGGGUGUUUAUGGCAGCCCAGCGGGGCCCGCCAAUAACGAGUACAUGUGGAGACUUUAAUGCUCGGAACAAAUCUAGAGACGAUCCGCUUGGCCGUCGGGCGACGGAAGAAAUAUGCAACAGCUCAUCGGUGGAAUGACGAGAUGUCGACUGUGAAUCUUCGGGGCGAUCCUUGUCUUUUGUUCAGCUUCAAACCAGGGAGAUGUGCGGGUACGGUGCAAACUAUGGCCAUGUAAGCUAGCGCUUAUAGAUCGACAAAGCAACAUGGAAGAAGGUUCCUUUGCUAUUUUGAAUAGACUUUUUAUGUAAGAGCUUCCUUAUAGUACCUUGUUAUAAUAUGAAUGGCCAAAAUAUGUUGGCAAUUUUGGUUAUC